AUGAAAAGAAUUGAAUGUAAUGAACCAGAAGAUUUACAAGAAUGGUAUAGUAAAACUGAGCCUCGAUUAAAUAAUCAAAAAAAACUAUUACAAAAUUUAAAUAAAAGUAUUAAUCAAAUUAACCAAAUAACUGAUUCAUUAUCAAAUGCAUUAGCAGAUACAAUUAAUAUUUUUGAUCAAUUAACACAAAUAAAUCCAGAAGGAUUUAUUAGUGAUAUAAUUCGUAAUGCAAAUAAUAAAUUAAAAGCAUUUAAAGGAACUUUAAUGGAUGUGUGUUGUACUUUUACAAGUGCAACUGAAUUAUUAAAAGUUGCAGAAAAAAGUAUAUUUCCAUUAAUAAAUCAAAUAAAAAAAACAAUGAUUGAUUUUGGAACAAAAAAGAAUAUUGAUGCAUGUGCUUUAUGUAGUAUACAAGCUUAUGAAUUUAUGGAAACUACUCUUAUUGAUAUUUAUUCAAUAUCAAUCAAUAUAUCUAUUGAUUUAAAUAGAUUAACUGCAAUCGAAAAAUAUACAGUUGAUGAAUUACGUUCAAUGAAAGAAUUCACUGUUCCUCAAUUAACUUAUAACCUUAAAAAUAAAAUUAAACAGGCAACCGUUCCUAUCUCGAAUCAAUCAUUACAAACAUUAAUAGAAAAUGAAGGUUUAUCUUUAUAUGAAUUACCAUUUCAAAUACAUAAAAUCUUUUAUUUCCUUUAUACAAUCGGUUAUUCUUCAACUGGAAUAUUUAGACUUGCAGGAAGAGCUGAUACUGUAGCACUUUAUGCAAAGUACCCUUUAUUAAUUGAGUAUGAAGAAAAGAAUAGUAUUGUUAUUGCAGCUACAUUAAAAAAGUUUAUGAGAGACCUUCCAGAACCAUUAUUUCCAUCAUAUGCAUAUAAAGAAAUAAUUGAAGCGACUCGUGAAUAUGAUCAACAAAUGGUUGACAAUAUACAAACACUAAAACCGGUUUAUAUUCAAAUGAAUGAAAAUCCUCAUAUUAAUACAAUGCAAGAAGAAUCUACUCCAUUAAUGAUUUAUUUAUGUAAAAUGAAAAGUAUAUUAAGUGAACUUCCUAUUGCAUCAACUGUUCUUCAUUAUUUUAUUGAAUUAGCAGUUAAAAUUGCUAAUGGACCAAGUUUAAUGACUCCAAAUAAUUUAGCAAUUUGUUUAGCUCCUUGUAUUCUUUAUGAUUCUAAAGCAGAUAUUACAGAAACAGGAUAUUGUACAAUGGCUAUACAAACUCUUAUUGAACAUUUUAAAUACGUGUUUAAUACUCAAAAAGUUAUUUAUACUAUGUCACAUAAAAAUAAUGUAAAUUUAACGAAAAAAAGAAGAGCCACAUUAAUUUCUGGUAAAGAAAAACAUGAAUUUAUUGAAAAUACUGAUUCUGUUAAAGCAAUUUCUCCUCCUAUUGAAAUAACUGUAAAUAAUACUUCCUCUAGAAUAAACCAAUCAAAAAUUAAAUCUGAUGUUUCUUUAAAUGUUCCACCACUACCUCCUCCUCGUCCACAACAACUUGUAAAUAAAGUUUGUGCAAAUUCUUCAACAAAGAAAAUGCAUAAAAAGAAAAUUAUUAAUAUCUCAACAACUACAGACGAUGUUUUGGAUAAUGAAAUAAAAGGGAAACCUUUAUUACCAUCAAAAUCUCUUAAAUCUAAAACUAUGAAAGAACAACAACAACCUGCAUUAACUAAAUCUUGUCCUAUAGGAGAAUGGAAUUCAUUAAUUGAAGAAAUGGCUUUAAAGAGAAAACAAAUGAUAGAACGAAAACAGAAUGAAGUAAGUUUGUUAUCUUUUUAA